AUGCUUGGGUACCAGUCGAACCGUCCCUUUCACAAAGUAGCCAUUGUGUUGGUCCUUCUGAUAUGCACGACUCUGCUCUAUAUUUAUCAAAUAUCAUCGCCCUAUUCUCAACAUCAGAGUCCAAAACAUGAUUUUUCCAUACCUGAUGAUCUUGACUUCGAUCAAGACGAGCCUCCACCAGAAAAACCAAGUUUUUUCUCAUCAAAGCCCUCACCGAAGCCAGCAGCAUCCGCGUCGCGCUAUUCCAUCAAGCCUAUAGCAUACGUUUUCCCUCAGUACUACGUCUUUGAAGAAAACAGCAGGCUCCACGGAGAGAACUUCACCGAAUGGACCAACGUCAGGAAGGUGACCCACAAUCAAUGGGGUCUGGAAACUAUUCGGCCUCACGAGUCCAUCGGAGGGAUGUACGACGGCCUCGCUUUCGAGACUCGACAGCGACAAGCCCGCUUUCUCAAAGAAAGUGGUUUCUAUGGAGUCGCGUAUCAUCACUAUUGGUUUGAUGGUAAGCCAAUCAUGGAGCACAUCCUCGAAGCAAUGCUGAAAGACGGGGAGCCUGAUAUCCCGUUCAUGCUGAGCUGGGCCAACGAGCCAUGGACGUCGAAAUGGGACGGGGCGGGUGGCGAUGCCUCCGACGUACUGAUUGCGCAGGACUACGGGCUUCAGGCUGCUUGGAGGAAGCACUUUGACUGGCUCUUGAAAUUCUUCAAACAUCCUCAGUACAUCCGGUCGGAAGGGAGGAUCCAAUUCAUGGUGUACAAUCCAUCUCACAUGGGAGAUCUAGGACCGCCCAUGUAUGCUGCGUGGCGCCAAUGGGCUGUUGAAGAAGGACUUGGAGGACUUGAUAUCAUUGAGACCAGAUGGGGGGAGGGCCAAGGUUCUUGGGCGGCCAACCGACCUGACGCCAUCAACGAGUUCGCGCCUCAUGCGGGAGGUCUGGAUCCCUCAAAUUAUCCUACUCUCAAGAAGCUGGCCAGGGUCUAUCAUCGUGGUACAAUGGUUUGCUGGGAUAACACCCCUCGCCACGCAACCGACGGCAAAGCAAGCUCGGUGCCCCUGUGCCACCCAAGAACUUGGCAAAAUCACCUGGUUGAGAUGUUUCGAACGAUCAAGUCAACCCCUAACCCCAUCGGAUCGGAGAACUUCUUUUUCGUCAACGCCUUGAACGAAUGGGGUGAGGGUAAUAGCCUCGAACCCAGCGUCCAGUUUGGUGACGCCUACGGCAUUGCCAUGAAGACCGCACUGUCGAUUUCGGAGAAGCAGCACCUAUGGGCGGACAAGGUCAACCAGAUGAGCCUUGCACGGGACAAGGAACUCGCGGCUCACAAGACAAGGCAAGCCGAUGUUUGUGUCCUCGUCCGAGCUUCACGAGACAAUAAUGCAGAGGACAAACUCUUCAAACUUUCGGCUAUGCUUCGUUCCCUCCAGGAGCAAGAGAACCAGAACUGGAGAGCAGUCGUGUUUCAGGGUGAUACAGUCCCCUUUUCAGAUCUCCAGUACGUAAUAUUAAAAGCAGUUGACGCAAGAAUCCGGCACGUCUCUGUUCCCCAGAAGGCUUUUCCCAAGCCGCCAGUCAAAGAUUCAGGAUAUGCUGCUACGGACUGGGUGAUCAAGGAGUUGAACACCACGGAUCCUGGAUGCGCAUCGGCACGAUAUCUUCUGGUGUCAGAUGGUGCGCACACGUACCAUCCCAGCGCCUUCAACUAUUUAUCCAAAAGCGAGGAUAUAAUCGGACUGAACGUUGAAUCCCGUGAUCGUCUCCACGACCACGAAAUGCUGCAAGGAGAGGUCUCUUGGGACGAUCGCUGUACUCGACUCGAAGAUCCCAAGUUGAACCUCUGCACCGCCUCCACCCCAACCCUCUACUCCUUCGACCUCGCAGCAUCCUUUCUCAACCUCACAAGAUUUCUAUCAGGGAAGUUCGCCUUCUCCGAUUUCGCAGCCGAUUUCCCUGGUGGUGAGCCUGGCGCCCUCGCAGAGUCCCUCACGAAUAAACACCAAUGGAGUUUCUCUGGCCCGGAUAAGUCCCAGGAAAAAACGUGCCACGUUCACCACAACCCAGCUUACUUUUCCUGCCUGGCCCUCGGCAAUUUAUGGUUCGAUUCCCCUGUCUUCGAAGAAUCGGGCUGUUACUCGAUGGGUAGCUUCACCGAUACUUUCGGGGCCGUAAUGCCCAAUCUUAAGGGUGUAGACUUGCAGUUUUUUAGGAAAAAUGGGAGGUGUGUGAGGUACGAGAAGGCAACCCAUGACCUAAAGACACCAGAUGUAUCCGUCAAGCCAGCUAAGAAAGUUGUUGGUGCUGCGAAGACCACUCCUGAGCCUCACGAAGAGGAGUCGCGCUUAGCUGGCUCUGGUGUCGUGGGUGGUUGA